GUUUGGCAAAGAGUUCUUGGACAGCGAAGAGCAUCAGCAACAACCAUGAGAUAUUCUUGCGUCUUACUCCUGGCACUCCUGGCCUGUGUCCUGGUGGGACGGACCAGUGGCUCUGGCACUGCCACAACGCCGGCAACUGCCACUGCCACAACCACCUCGGCAUCGGCCGCGGCAGCCACAACUACGGCAGCCACCACCGCUGACACCACCACCGCAGCCGCCUCAACUACAACCACCACGAGCGCAUCGGCGACCACCACGACCGCAGCGUCUAGUAGCAAGAAGAAGAAGAGGGUCACGAAGUGGACGGAACGCUCAAGAGGCGGCAAGAGGAGCAGCAGCAAGAACAAGCGCAAGAACAAGCGCAAGACCAGGAGGCGUCACCAUCACAAUGCCUCGACCACCUCCAGCAGUGCCAGCACCUCCGCCAGGCGCCGCUCCCUCUCCAGGCGCAGGAGGGGCUAGACCCAAGCUUGCCCCCCCCCGCCCGAACCCCCUCCCAAUUGAACUCCGACAAAC